AUGGAGGGUUCGUCUGAGUCUGGUUGGCAGAAGUCUGAUUGUUCUUGGGGAAUAAAUUCAUCGGCGGUUUCUGAUAGAAACCCUAGAUUGGUUCGUGCCAGCUAUAUCAGAUUAUUCGUUGAGACACCUCCUCAUUCUGGGUGUAUUCCUGGGAGAAAGGUUGUUCGUGCCGUCGAUUGUAGUGAUGUUAGCUUGAGACAGUGGUUGGACAACGCUGAACGAUCUGUUGAUGCCCUUGAAUGCUUGCACAUAUUUACACAAAUUGUAGAGAUUGUAACCUGGCACAUUCACAAGGAAUUGUUGUUCAGAAUGUGCGUCCCUCAUGCUUUGUCAUGUCUUCAUUCAACCAUGUCUCGUUUAUUGAGUCUGCAUCUUGCUCGGAUUCUGGUUCGGAUUCUUGUGAGGAUGGAUCAAACAGCCAAACUGCCGAGUUUAAGGGUUCCUCAUCGCCUUUGCCCCAUGACUUAA